CAAAUAAAAAAGCAAACAAAAAACUGACCAAAAUCAUGGGUUUUUCCUCUGCAAUGAUUCUGAACUGGCUACAUUUCUGGGAUGUAGCACUUGCCUUGAUGGGCCUGUUCAUAUUUAGUUGCUUGCUUCAGAGGUUCACCAACAAAAAUGGUCCAAUGUUAUGGCCAGUUUUGGGGAUUGCACCCUCCAUAUUUCUAAAUGCACACACCAUCUAUGAUUGGGUUACCAUGGCUCUGAUCAAAGCAGGGGGAACAUUCCACUACAAAGGAGUAUGGUUCGGCGGGUCCCACGGGAUCAUAACACUUGAUCCUUCAAACAUUGAGUACAUGCUCAAAACAAGGUUCAGCAACUUCCCAAAAGGCAAGUAUUACAGGGAGAGGUUUCAUGAUUUGCUUGGGGAUGGAAUUUUCAAUGCAGACAAUGAGUUGUGGAAGGAGCAGAGGAGGUUGGCAACUUCAGAAAUGCAUUCGGGUCGUUUUGUAGAGUAUUCGUUUUUCUCCAUGCAAGAGUUGGUGCACAAGAAGUUGUUGAAGUUGAUGGAGAAAGUGGUAGUAUCAGGGUGUAGCAUUGAUCUUCAUGAAGUGCUUCUUCGGUUUACUUUUGACAACAUUUGCUCGGUAGCUCUUGGUGCUGAUUCAGGGUGUUUGGAGCUUGAUUUGCCUCAAAGUCCUUUUGUGAAAGCCUUUGAAGAAGCCACGGAGCUCACUAUGUUCAGAUUCAUGGUGCCACCUUUUGUGUGGAAGCCUAUGAAGUUGUUUGGAAUUGGGUUCGAAAAGAGGCUCAAGGAAGCAACUAAAAUAGUGCAUUAUUUUGCUGAAAAUACGGUGAAGGAUCGAAGGGGAGAAUUGAAGAGGCUCGGUAGCUUAAAAGAUCGUUUUGAUCUAUUGUCAAGGCUUAUGGACAGUGAAAAGCAACAUUUUUCGGAUAAGUUUCUAAGCGAUUUCUGCAUAAGUUUCAUUUUGGCUGGAAGGGACACAAGCUCUGUAGGAUUGGCAUGGUUUUUUUGGUUGGUACAAAAACAUCCUGAAGUGGAAAACAAAAUCCUCAAAGAAAUCAAUGAAAUUUUAGGCCAGCGCCAAUGUACCGAAAAAGAAUCACCAGAUGGUGAUACUGUUUUUACAGUGGAGGAACUCAAGAAGAUGGUCUAUUUACAAGCAGUGUUGUCAGAAUCUUUAAGGCUUUACCCACCAGUGCCAAUUGACAUCAAAGAGGUCGUAGAAGAUGAUGUGUUUCCUGAUGGUAGUAUCGUCAAAAAGGGUGCUCGAGUUCUCUACUGCAUCUACUCCAUGGCUCGAAUGGAGUCGAUUUGGGGACAGGAUUGCUUGCAGUUCAAGCCUGAAAGAUGGAUUAACAAUGAUGGUGAGUUUGUCAAUGAGAAUCAAUUCAAAUAUGCUGUCUUUAAUGGGGGUCCAAGGUUUUGUUUGGGGAAGAAGUUUGCUUACAUGCAAAUGAAAGUGGUGGCUGCAGCCACUCUGCUCAGGUAUGAAGUUAAGGUUGUUGAAGGUCAAAAUGUUGUUCCAAAGAUGACAACCACACUUUACAUGCAGAAUGGGCUGCUGGUGAGUCUUAAGCCUAGGUUGGUGACUACUAUUGUGUAA